AUACUGUCUUCAAGUCUGCCUGAAACACGACGAAGAAGAAGAAGCCAACUCUUAGUUCACAAGUGUGAAUUGACUCUGCGUUCUUGGAUUUGUUUGCUAUUCUCGCCAAACCGGAAUAGUGGGAGCGGAGGCGACAUACUGUAAACAAUAACCAACCGAAGCUGAAGCAGUGUCAGGAACUUGCGUUGCUGUCACCAGACGCAUUAAUUAGUCUUUAAAUUGUCUCGUCAAUCAGGAAGAGGUGGUCGGCUAACCUUAGCCUCCCUGCUACUGUCGUUUUCGUCUCUCUGGCGGGAUGUUGCCUGAAGGAGGCUCUUUUGUCAAGGGGUUGGCCCUGGGAGCCGUCUCCUGCCUAUUGCUCUCGUUCCUGGGUACUUUAAGCCCCAAUGGCUCGUCCGACUUGGAAGAUGUCUACGAAAACCACCACGAACACCACCACGUCCAGGCGCAGAGCAACGACAACCUGAAGCAACUGACAGAAGCCCAGGCACAAGAGUUGAAAGAUCAAGUGCGUGUCUAUUGCAUCAUUAUGGUCCGGCCAAAGAUUCUGACAUACUGGGCUGCGGCCGUGGGAACCUGGAGCAAGCACUGCGACAAAGCGGUGUUCUACACGUCAGAAUCUUCCAAAGCCCUGGAAGCGGUCGACCUGCAAGAAAAAAACGACUGGGUGAGGUUCGGCAAAGCGCUGAAGCACGCUUACGAAAACGCCGGGGACAUCCGCUGGUUCUUUCUGGCGCAGCCUACAACCUUCGCCAUCAUCGAGAACUUGAAGUACCUGCUGCUAACCAAGGACCCCGGCGAGCCCUUUUACGUGGGCAACGCCAUGAAGUCCGGCGAGCUGGACUACGUCGCGUACGAUAGCGGCAUCGUCCUCAGCUACGAAGCCCUCAAGAGGUUCGUGAACGUGCUGGGCGACGAGAACAAAUGUCCGGUCCAGUCGAAGAGCUUGUGGCAGCUGAGCGAAGAAAAGCAGCUGGCCGUGUGCCUAAAGUACACGGGCGUGUUCGCGGAGAACGGCGAGGACGCGAGCGGCAUGAACCUGUUCAACAGCAAGAGCGUGAACGAGCUGAUCAAGGACAGCAUGAAUAACCAUCCGAACAACGUGAUUGAGAGCUGCUGUGCCGAUUUGGCCGUCACGUUCAACCGCAUGACCCCGAACCAGAUGCAGACAAUGAUGUAUGGAGUUUACCGGCUCCGUCCGUAUGGGCACGAUUUCAAGGACUUGCUGAUGUUUGACCCGCCAGAAGGUUCGGACAAUGACUAGAACCCUUUGACACUUCCUGACUCCUAACCUGACAUUUUUAAGGGCGCAAAAAUGUGAAGUCAAUAUUGUGGUGUCAAUAUUUAAUUACUCAGUAUAUUACUGAUAAACACUUGAAUGGCUCUUUUGUGCAUUAUCACCAACAAAUUUACUGGUCGCGCAAGUGCGAGUAGAUGAAAAGUUCGAUACAGGGACAGUCUGCAAUUGUACUUGCUGCUUGGGCGAGGUUAUGAUUUUUCUAACUUGGGUGUCAAACAUGCGGGCCAGGUGCGGCCCACCAGGGGGUCCGAUUCAGCCAGCGGGGUUGUUCUUUUUGACAGGCACGUUGUAGCUCAUUCAUAAUGUACAGUGUACAAAAGUGAGUACUAUAGGUGCACGAUAAUUAUCGGUCCGAUAAUAGGAAUUAUGACGUCAUCCCAAUAAAUCCGAUAACAUAAUAUGUUAUCGGCCCUAUUAAUAAUAUUUUUGGCACAGUGUCUGAUUGGGAUUUGUGCGUUUGUUUCCACUCCUGGUUUUCCAGUAUGCAAAGUUUUGUUACUGUCUUUGUUUUGUUCAUUAUAAUAAUGUUCAUGUCAUCAUGAAAAUUCUGGUUCGGUCAAAGGCAAAUCUAAGCUGAAUCAACCACUAGUAUUUUUGACCUACAGGUGUUCAAAAACUCAGGUAAUUAAACAUUGAAAAAUUAUAUAUACAGUGGGGAGAACAAGUAUUUGAUACACUGCCAAUG